AUAAAUAGAGCCGGUUUUGUGCUGUUUUCAUUCCUCGGUUGGAUGCCGCGGCCGUAGUCCGUGAGGAAGUACGUGAAGGAGCAAGCGAGCUAGAGGCGAGCAGAGGACAGUGGAGAGGGACGGGAGCAAGGCGCCAGGACCGACUCCCGAGCGAGAGACGCUCGCCGGAGGAGGAGACCCAGGAAGCGAUGAGAGUGAUGGCAAACCCUAGGCUGGGCGGCCAGCGCCAACAAAGGCAUUACGGAAUCACUUCUCCAAUUAGUUUGGCGCAUCCUAAAGAAAUUGAUCAUAUUUAUACACAGAAGUUACUUGAUGCCAUGAAAACAUUUGGUGUGUUUGAAGAUGAGGAGGAAUUAAACCACAGGCUGGUGGUUCUUGGUAAACUGAACAAUUUAGUAAGAGAAUGGAUUUCCAGUAUGGAGGAUAAGAGUUCCUCACCUCCUCCGGAGCCUAUUGUUGGUAAAAUUUUCACAUUUGGAUCCUAUAGGCUUGGAGUACAUACCAAAGGAGCUGACAUUGAUGCAAUUUGUGUAGCUCCAAGACACGUGAAGAGAAAUGAGUUUUUUCAGUCUUUCUUUGAAAGAUUGAAGCAUCAAGAUGGUAUUAGAAACUUAAGGGCUGUAGAAGAUGCCUUUGUACCUGUUAUAAAAUUUGAAUUGUUUGGAAUUGAAAUUGAUCUAGUCUUUGCAAGAAUACCAAUCCACACCAUAUCAGAUAACUUAGAUCUAAGAGAUGACUCUCGACUGAGAACACUUGAUAUAAGGUGUAUUCGCAGCUUGAAUGGCUGUAGAGUUACUGAUGAAAUUUUGCACCUGGUGCCAAAUACAGAAACUUUUAGGCUUACCUUGAGAGCAAUCAAAUUAUGGGCCAAACGACGUGGUAUUUAUUCCAAUGUGCUGGGAUUCCUUGGUGGUGUCUCUUGGGCGAUGCUGGUUGCACGAACCUGCCAAUUAUAUCCAAAUGCAGCAGCUUCUACUUUAGUUCAUAAGUUCUUCUUAGUUUUUUCCAAAUGGGAAUGGCCAAAUCCUGUGCUGCUGAAGCAACCAGAAGACGGCAAUUUGAAUCUGCCCAUCUGGGACCCUCGGGUACAUCUAUCUGACAGGUAUCAUCUCAUGCCCAUAAUCACCCCCGUCUACCCACAGCAGAAUUCUACAUUUAACGUGUCCACAUCAACUCGAACAAUAAUGGUAGAAGAAUUUAAACAAGGUCUCACAGUCACAGAUGAAAUUCUCCAAGGAAAAUCAGAUUGGUCCAAACUAUUUGAGCCACCCAAUUUUUUUCAAAAGUAUAGGCAUUACAUCGUCCUGACUGCCAGUGCUUCGACGGAAGAAAACCAUCUAGAGUGGGUCGGGUUAGUGGAAUCUAAAAUUCGCGUCCUUGUUGGAAAUUUAGAACGCAAUGAAUUUAUUAUUCUUGCUCAUGUAAAUCCCCAAUCGUUCCCAGGAAAUAAAGAACACCAUAAAGACAACAAUUAUGUAUCAAUGUGGUUCCUGGGAAUAAUUUUUCGGCGAGUAGAAAAUGCAGAAAGUGUUAACAUAGACUUGACAUAUGAUAUCCAGUCAUUUACGGACACAGUCUACAGACAAGCAAACAAUAUAAACAUGUUAAAGGAGGGAAUGAAAAUUGAAGCCACGCAUGUAAAGAAGAAACAGCUUCAUUACUACCUUCCACCAGACAUUCUUCAAAAGAAGAAAAAGCAAAGUCUUUCUGAUGUAAGUCAGAGUUUGGGUGGACUUCAAUCCAAGAGACCGUCGCUGGAUGGCAAAUCCUUGGAUAGCUCCAGAGACACUGAUAAUGGAACCCCUUUUAAUUCCCCAGUGUCAUUAGUCAGACCCUCGAAGCCUGACAGUCGUCCUGGGGGAGAAGCAGAAAGGAGCAGCGCUGAGCCCGGGGCGGCCGUGACUGAGAAGAAGCCCCCGAGUGCUCCGCCGGCCCACGGACUGUCCAUUCCAGUCAUUGGCGCAAAAGCAGACUCCACAGUGAAAGCGGCCUCACCCCCAGCUGUGUGCACCAUCCCUACGGUAGUAGGACGGAAUGUCGUUCCUAGAGUCCCAGCCCCCCACAACCCUGCCCAGGGCCAGCCACACCUCAAUGGACUGUCAAAUAUGACGAAGAGCAUUACCCCCCAGACAUCCCUGUCCCCAUCAGUCGAUGGGCCUUCCACGAAGCUGAAAGAUGCAGAGGAAAAGCUUCUUCAUAUUGAGUCAACGUUUAAAGACCCUCGUGCUGCUGAAAACAGGAAGAGAAAAGCAGUGGACACCGCUGAAGGAGAAUCUAUGCCUAUUCCAACUAUUGAUACAUCACGCAUAAAGAGACUACCCAGUAAGGAACUUCCGGAUUCAUCAUCUCCAGUUCCAGCAAAAAGCAUCCGUGUUGUCAAAAAUUCCAUCCGACUGACCCUUAAUCGGUAAAAGCCGUGCCUCCCCACUUAGUGAACAUGCAGUCAGUUAGUGGCAAAGAACCAGCUGCUCUUUUUAAACGUGCAGUGGCUGUCAUCCCAAGAUGAUGGAAGUGACAGUCACCACCUCCUGACCUGCAGGUGGGUUUUUAACGUUUACACUCUGACCUGCAGGUGCUGUAGCAGUCUCUCACUGAUUGCUGCAUGCACCUCUCUGAGGACCACCUGCUGUCCGAUUGUCAGUAUUUUGGCUUUGAGUUUGGAGGGUUUGCUGCCUUAAUUCUCAGUGCUGGUUUUUCUGUUAGAACCAGUUUGGGCCACUGAACUUCCCCUCUUUCUGUUUCUUUUCUUCUCCCUCCUUUCCUUCCUUCCUGUCUCCUUUCUUCCUUCCCGCCUUCCUUCCUUCCUUCUGACCUUCCUUCCUUCCUUCCUACUUGUAUGUUAUAAUCACUGUGUAGAGCUAAAAAAGUUGAAAACAAAAAAACACAAAAAAAGUCUUGUAAUUUGUCAGCACAUUUGCUUUAGCAUUGAAGCCGCUUUGUGAAACCCGAGAUGGAUGAAUGUGAGGUAGCUUUCCUCGUUUAUGUAGAUGUCUUUAUUGUCUGUUCUGUUGACUUAAAUUAUUUUUCCAGAUUGGCACAUGGAAUGUGUAAACAUGUUGGUGUGUAUGCUUUUCUGUACAGUGUGCACAGCUAUCAGGGAGGAUUCGUCCAGUGAUUACGUACGAGGGUGGGGCACCAUGAUUUCUUUCUAUUUUGCCUCCCAUGGAGGCCUCUGAAAUGCAUCUUUAUUAAAAAUCAAAAUAUAACCAGAAUACUGAAAAUCAGUAAAUGAACGUUGAAAUUGUUACAUAACCUAUUAUAUGCCAUUCUUGUUAGUUGACUGGUAUUUUUUUCUUUUUACCAACAAGCAGCUCAUGCCAGCAUCAACAAUAAGAUAUCCUUAAAUAUGAAAAAGUUGUAUUUUUGAGGUGUAAAAUUAGCCGAGGUGUGAUAUUUCCUGACAGUCACUGACUCUACAGCUUAAAACAGUUUCUCCCUGGGCUGGGCAUGCGGAGCUAGGCAGUGGGUUUGUUACCAACAUUGUUACCAACCAUUAAUUGGCUCAGGGCCUUUGUAAUUUUUAUUUAACUAUGAGUUGUCUUUUUUUACACUGCUUUUUUCAACACAUUUCUUAAUCUUCUUUACGUUUCAUGAACGCAUGCUCAGUUUAUUACAGUCCAUAACCAUGUAAUUCUUGUAAUGUUUGAUUCAGUGUUUUGUAAAUGAAGUCAUGUAUUUUCAGAGUAUUUUUGUAUGUACUGUAAGAUACCAUCUUUUCAAAGAGAAAACUUUAAAACCUUUGUUGUCUCUCUUUAGUCUAAUUUUUAAAAUAUGGAUUAUGCUUGAAUUCUUCUUAAAAGGAAAAUGUACAGAUUGCACAGCCCCGGAUGCCAAUAAAUAGUACCUGAUGCACCUUUCAUUCAGUGUUUAGUAGCCCAGUAGGGAAACACAAAAUGGCACCUUUGAAAAUUAGGUGGAAAAUAUUUGGUUGUGUAUUUCGGUACCCCUGCGCUACCUGUGGUCAGCAUCCAGGAGCCAUCUGACUCUUCCACUAGCCCCUUGCAGUGGAAUCAUUGGGCCCCGAGGGUCAGAGAGCAGACUCCUCCCAUUCCUGCCCCGGUUCCCUCCCUCCUGAAUCUCUGCAAAGGAAAUCCUUCUCAGAAGGAAAGAGAGCAAGGAUCAGCAUUGGUUGUUCCAGUAUUCAUUUUUGUAGAUAGCAAAAAGCAAGAAAAAUGAAGUCCCGUGACCAAGGUGAAACCUCUCAGCUGGUCCUUGAUUCGAGUAUUCUGGAGUUCGUUCGCCAAACACUCAGCGCAAAACCUGAGUGAUGAUGAACAGAUCAGCUGGCUCGAAAGUUCUAUUGUAUGGGAUUUGAUUGAGUUUUAUAUAUUUGAUGUGUUUGCACGGUGAAGCUGACAUGCCAGCUGCCCGCCCCUGCUGCUAAAGCAGUCUUCAGAGCCUCUGAGGAUCUUCUGUGUGUGCAGGUUCACCAUACUAGGCAAGCAGGUGCCUAGAGUUAGUCGUGUUGUUUUUCUUCAACAAGAAAGCAGUGAGCUCAGCCUUGUACUGUGAGCUAGUCAUUUCUCUCCGUUUGUUGGUCCAUUCAACAUAGGGGAAGGCAUGAUCAGUGAUGCAGCUUCAGAAUCCUGGUGGGUUCGGUCAGAAAUGAAGUGUUUUCUCUCCUGGACAGUAGAUAGAAAACUUGCCUGAUAUUCUGUUGUCAUAGGAGGGAGUCGUCCACAAUACCAGUAUACCAGUUCCACGUAAGUAAAAGGAGAAGACCUGCUGUGGGAUUGUUUGUUAUUCUCUGAGGUGUUAAGUAUAGGUGUUUGUUUUCAACUGUUAUCUAGAAACAUAUUUUAUAAAGGCACCUUGCCUGUUCUUCAAAAUUUAGAUGCAUGUUCAUUUUCACAAAGGUAUUAACCUUUAAUCUGCUCGUUUUCAGUGACUGGAGCUCAAGGCAAACACUUACCUGCUAGCUUAUACUGUAGGGACCUAACCAAUUUCAAAUACCAGGUACAUGGCAUAAAACCUGCCGAAAUUGGGACAGGAGGAUGAAUUUUAAGUCUGUUGGUGCUUAAAAGAAUGAAUAACUUUGUCUUAGAUUAGCAGGUGACUAAAUGAUUGAUAGCAAUUUGCCAUAGGAACAAUUAAGUGAAGAUGGGAAUGUUGUAUGGGGUAAACGUCAUUGCUGCUGGAUCAACAAGUUCAAAAUAAGAGUGCCUAACUUGGGGGCCAUGGACCCUUAGGGGGCCCCUUGCAGUUGUACAUAGUAAUGUUUUUAUGUAUAUUGCAUUUUGGGGGGGGGGUAGUUCAUACCUUUCUUUGGAGCAGUUCGUGACCCUCAAAAAAGGUAGGAACCAUAGCUGUCCAGGAUUGAAUGACGAUGAACUAGUUGGAAAAUCUUCCCGUGGGAUUUUUCUGCAGGAUAUUUCUGGAAACGUACUGUGUGUGGCUCCUAACUAGUCAAGGGACCUGGUGGAGGACUCUUCUGGAACACUGAGUUUCUCCCCAAGGUUCAAAAAACGAAGCAUCGGCAAGAGUAGAAAAAUGCAUGCUGCUGGAUAUACGAAUACUCUUGAGUUUGGUCGUACUCAGGUUCAUACUUAGGUCAUGGUUCGGGCCUUAAGAGACUGAACAGACCAAUAAAUAGAAGAGCUUUAGGUUACAAUAUACAUUUUUUGAUAAAGUUGUGUAUGUGAAAAUAACUGCCUAUAAAGCAUAGGAUUUGUGUCAUGAUAGUAUUAAAAAAUAGUGCCGGUGGUGGAAGGAAGUACAUCUCAAUGAUGAUAACUAUUUGUUUAGGAUUUUUUAUAAGACUUGUGCAAGGUCUCAUCUUUCCCAAAUUCCUAUUUUUUCUUUUUUUGGUUGUAUAAUUCUACUCAGUUGUGGUGUUUUUGUUUUUGUUUUUUUUGGGGGGGGGCAGGUUUAAAUCAUUUUCUAUCUGUUUUUUCUUAAGUUUUCUCACAUAAUUUUACACUCAAGUUGCACAUAUGAUUACCAUUAAGGCUGCUGUCAUGUUUCGACUAUUUGCUGCAUUUUAGCAAAGCUCCACAAAAUUGCCUUACAGAGGACUUGGGAUAUUUUUGAGACAGCUGGUGCUGUGUUAACUGGCAGUAUUCUGUCAAAGGAAAGAGCUGCUGUUGCUCUCGUGAAAGAUGUUUGUGUAGUUCUGAUUGUUCCUGCCCUUACUUGGAUCGCCUUUACUCUCAGUUGUACACUGGAACCUCAUUAAUGAUGGAAUCAAUAAUCGAAUAAACUUGCUUUGAUAAA